AUGGGUUUUACAGGUAGUGACAUUGGUGAGGGGGUUCCAGAGGAUUUGAAGAGUCUUAAAAUACAAGUCAUACUGAUGAACAAUGGCCUCAAAAGUUGCAAGAAAGAAACAGAUAUAAUUACACAAGCACCAACUAGUGAUGCUAUUAAUGAAGCAGUGAAACCUGGGAAGAAAAAGUGUUGGAGAAAGAUGGUGAAGCAUAUGGGAAAAUGGUUCAAGCAUAAUGGAGAAUGGUUAGAAAAGAUGAGAGGGAAUCUGAGUCUGGUGGCAACUGUCAUAUCAACCAUAACCUUUCAAUCUGUCAUCAGCCCUCCAGGCAGCUUCAUUCAGCAAGGCUUAUCUAAUUCAAACAACACUACUUCUUCACCCUUAGAUUGCUUGAAAAUGGAGGAUGACUAUGCAUCCCCUGGAAAAGCCGUACUUGCUUUUAGAGAUUCAGAUAAAUUUCGCUACUUCAUAAUUCACAAUACGGUAGCUUUGGUUCCGUCUCUGGGGGUGAACCUGCUGCUCAUAAGUGGACUUCCUUUGAAGAACAAGAUUGUGAUUUGGAUGUUAUCUAUGGGGAUGUGUAUCAGUCUCUCACAACUGGGACAGGCCUACUUUAGUGCCUUCUUCAUGAUAACCCCAGACAAACUCUGGGAUUCAACUGGUAAAAUGCUCAACAUAGUGAAUCGGAUUUGGGAGGCACUGUUUGCACUUGUUGCUGGAUACAUCUUAGUGACCUUUCUUAUAUGGCUUUUCAAGAAAUGCAGCAAGAUAAUUAAGCGUAUUUGGAUGCUAACGUACUGUGGGAGGAACAGAUCAUAUGGAAAUGGUUGUUGCUGUAUAUAA